AUGGUAAUAUUUUCACAGGGUAUUUAUCAAUUGUUCUAUACUGAGGAAAGUUCUUCAGAAAAGGGGACCUUGUAUCAUCUGCGGAAUUUUGUCAACAGGAGGAAUGUCACAGGGCCCGAAGAUGUGACAUCAAACUUUAGGUCUCAUCAACAAUUUGUGGAUGAUGUUACAGAUGCCUACAUCGUUGGAACGUUUCUAGACAACAUGGAAAUGGAAACCCUCUCUUCUGCACCAAAAAGUCCGCCUCUAUUUACUUUACUAAAUGAUGGUCAGAUAAAAAGUUGGAUAAUGCAAGAAGCAGGAAAAAUCAUGGAUUGUCUAAAUCUAAAUAACUUUGCAAACUUUAACUUUCUUCAUGAAGAAAUUUCAAAACUAGAUGCAGAUGAAACAGUUUUGAACUCCAUGUUGUCAGAUGCGGGUUAUGCAUGUGCUGUCUGUGGGAAAGCAUAUUCCAAGGCUGCUUGGUUCAAAAAACAUUUGCAAAAGAAACAUGGGUUUGUUUUCUCAGAUUCUUCAUCAUUUGAAAUGAAAAUAAAUCCUGUGCAUUGUUUUCUCCAAAUGUCACUAAUUCUUAGAGACACAAUUGAUUCUUACAAAAUGGGAGAUGGUGAUAGAAUUGCCAGAAAUGCAUAUUUUGAAUGGUUAUUUGCAUCCUCACUUCACCAUACUAAAUAUGCCAUUUGGCUUUGGAGAAUGAUAGCAUACAUUGAUGCUGUUUUGACUCCAGCUGAAAGUGUGGAGUACAAGUGGAAUAUGACUGUGAAUUUGAAGGGAGGUCCUCAGAAUAACAUUCCAAAUGACAAUUGCGUAGAAUUGCAAAUUGGAAACAUUAAACGACAACUCAAUACUCAGGGAUCCAAUAAAUCUUUCCAGUCAGCUCAAAAUAUUUGCAUGACAACCCAGGUUGUGGAGGCUAUUAUGGAAAAUGUACAACGGACUGUACAGGGUUUAAACUUAACUCAAAUUUUCACUAGCAAUGUGGGCCCCUAA